CACAUGGAUCAACAUGGUCAAACUUCUGAACCUGAGAAACCAAUUGAACAUAUUUUUAAAAGUCCAAAAUUACUUGAGAUGAAAAAAGGGCUGCCUCCAAACUUCACUGAUGUAGCAAAAGGACAAUACCUUGCUCUUCUGUCAGACCUUAAAAAACUCAAAAAUGAACAUCCAAAUGAGUUCAAGAUGUUAGAGAUGAACAGAAAAGAUAAAGGGGAGAGAAAAGAGAAAAUUAAUCCCUCAGAACUUCUCCAGGAUCCAGCUGUGCAUAAUAUUGUUAAAGUUUUACAAAUGGUUGCACCAUUGGAUGAAAAACAUACUGAGCUGAAAAAUGAAUGGAAUGAGCUUCGAUAUCUUUUGGAUGCCAGAUAUUUUCUGAAGGCUAAUAGUGCAAAAUCUCCUCCAGUCCUGAGCAAAUCUACAACACCGAGAUUAAAUACUGACCAACAUCCUGAGCCUGACAGUAAACAGCAAAUGGGAUCAAUUCCUUCAUCAUCAUUUACUUAUGGUGCAUCUCCUACCACAGUAUCAGCUGAUGUUCAUGACAUGGUGCAUACAUUUCCUGGUGUCAGUGAUGGACAAAGGCAACAAAUCCAAGAUAAAACAGACCCUGUUAAAGAUGCUGUAAAACAAGAUGAUCAGCAGUGCACAUCAGGACAACACUUGCCCAUUGAAGAUCUACAAGAAAGACCUAUCAACCAGCUUUUUUCAAGACACAAGGGUAACACUGAUUUCAAUGAGGAUGCUCAAAGGGAAUAUCAUGGACUGCUUCAUAAACAGACUGUUUUGUAUAAGGGCACAGUUGUUAAGAGAGCAUGGGAUAAAUCUUCAGAUUUCAAAGACAUUACAGAAGAACAGAGGAAGAGAUCUCCAAAACUGUUUGGUUAUUUGGAGCAUGCUUGGAGAAAGAUGAAAGACAAAUGCUCAGAUUUAUUGAAGGAGGCAGUGUCUGAAUUUAUUGUAUUAAGCAGUCCUUCUGAUCAACCUAAGAAACCUGAAACACCAUCCACCUAUACGAAGAAGGACGAUAUCCUUUGUGCAACAACGAAUGAAAAACUCAAACAUAAACAGGGCUCACAGUCAGAGAGGAUUGAGCUCAGACCAAUAGAAAAAGUCUUUAAUAAUUUCAAGCUAAAGUCUAAAAUACAAGGAGAUAUAGAGAAAGCUCAAGGACAAUUUAGGUUUUUGGUAAAACGAGAUGAUAAUUUUAAACGGAAAUUUCCUGAUAAACAUCGAGAGAUACAAGUUUUUAUGGUAAACCCUGAUGAAUACACUUUCAGUCCCUAUCAAUGUUUGUAUAACAUUCUACGCUCAAUGGAAAAGAAAGAUCCAUUAUAUGAAGAGGCUUGGGCUGAAUAUUUUUAUCUUGUGACAUCAGACCAACAGUUUAUUUUAGCUGAAAAUUUUGGGGAGAUGUUUAAAAGUGUAUAUAAGAAAGAUAUUGACUCAAUGGUUGUGCCACGAAAAUCGUAUGAAGAACUUCAAAAUGAACUCGUAGAGAAAAUAAAACAAAUAGAAGAACUAACAACAAGAUUGAGUAAAUUUGCAAGUCAACAACUAACGGCUGGUAAUCCUAACAUUGCUGACCUGAGUGAUAAACAUCGGCCCACUAAGAUCGGGGAGCUGUAUAGUGAGUUAUAUGACAAUGAAUGGUCGGAGGUGUUCGAAGUUAUUAAAGCCCUCAGACAUCCAAACGCUGAGGAGACCGAGUCUGACUACUUUGAGGAUGUCCUUAACACCCUGAAAGAUAUUUUAAUGGCUGCUUACGAGUUUUCUGCAGAAAGAUCAGACUUGCAUCUUGAUGAUCUUAAAAAUGUUAUGCUCCGUACAAUAACGUGCAACAAGAAAGAAGUGGCAAAAGGUGAAAGUACACAUGACAAACAGAAAGACAUGGAGUACAGCCGCUUCAUAACUGAACACGCCAGGAAAUACAGUAAAGAUUCAGCUGCCUACACUGUCAGAGAAGCUUCAAAGGUAUUCCAGAAGGAACGUUUGCAUCAAAUUUUCAAAGAAAAAUCCGAUGAUCCUAAGGUAGUUGCGUACGUUGACAAAUGCAUCGAACUUACAUGGUACAUGCGUGUACAGGAUCCGCCAAUGUAUUUACGCUGCCUUCAGAAAGGGGAUCCCAUCUGUAAAACAGAGUUUGCCUUUCAUGGAAGAAAAGGAAAAACUACUUCUGUCUGUGUUUGGCCUGCACUGUUCUUAUUUGAAGAGGGUCAUCUCGUUACCAAAGGACAUGUCUUGCCAGAGCCAUAAUUAUUGUCAUCUUUUUCUUUCUAUCUAAUUAAACAAUGUAAAUGAUUGCAUUGUCGUUAACCAGUGUUGCAGGUGUAGGAGAAGACUUCAAUUCAUGCCAAACUAAAAGCAUUGAGCUAUAUACUUGUACAUAGAAUCACUUUUCACAUCUAACUGGCAUAUUCCUAUUUAUGUAUUUUAUAUCAGUCCUCUAAUAUUCUUUUUCAGCGUCAUGUAAACAUGUGACAUGAAAAGACAGCAUUAAAUGGAAUCACACUUUU